ACAGCUCAGGACGCCUAAAAUGGUGGGCGGGCUUUUGUACGUCACCUCCGGCUAACUCCGUUACCUAGAGACGGGAAGACUCCGCAGCCUGGUUACAGAGGUACUGGUAGUUGCGUGUCUCCGGGUUCCGUCUCCCAGUGUAUGUGUGCUGGAUGAAAAACCGGAGAGUAAAGUGAAGCGAGCCCGCAGCCAUGUUUAUUUACCUGAGCAAAAAGAUCGCCAUCCCCAAUAACAUUUGUUUGAAAUGCAUUUCCUGGAACAAAGACCAAGGUUAUAUUGCGUGCGGAGGAGAGUCUGGAUUGCUGAAAGUAUUAAAGCUGGAAAUGCAAGCAGAAGAUGCAAAACUAAAAGGACUUGCGGCACCCAGCAAUCUCUCCAUGAAUCAGACGCUUGAAGGACAUAGUGGCUCUGUACAGGUUGUGACAUGGAAUGAACAUUUUCAGAAGUUAACCACCAGCGAUCAGAAUGGGCUCAUCAUUGUGUGGAUGCUGUAUAAAGGUUCGUGGUACGAAGAGAUGAUUAAUAACAGAAAUAAAUCAGUUGUUCGUAGCAUGAGCUGGAAUGCAGAUGGACAGAAGAUCUGUAUAGUGUACGAAGAUGGAGCUGUCAUUGUUGGCUCAGUGGAUGGGAAUCGCAUUUGGGGGAAGGAGCUGAAAGGCAUACAGCUGUGCCAUGUUGCAUGGUCUCCCGACAGCAAAAUUCUUCUCUUUGGCAUGGCAAAUGGAGAAAUACAUCUAUAUGACAACCAAGGCAAUUUUAUUGUGAAAAUGGUUUUGAGUUGUUUAGUUAAUGUGACUGGUGCACUGAGUAUUGCUGGCAUGCAUUGGUAUUCAGGCACCAAAGGUUAUGUGGAACCAGAUUGCCCCUGCCUUGCUAUCUGCUUUGACAACGGAAGAUGUCAGAUAAUGAGACACGAAAAUGAGGAAAAUCCGGUCCUUAUUGACACAGGAAUGAAUGUUGUGAGUAUCCAGUGGAACCACUGUGGGAGUGUCUUGGCCAUUGCAGGAUCCCAGAGAGCGGCCUCUCAGGACAAGGAUAUUAAUAUUGUUCAGUUCUAUACACCCUUUGGGGAGCAUCUGCGCACACUAAAGGUUCCUGGCAAGCAGAUUACAGCUGUUUCAUGGGAAGGUGGAGGUUUGCGGAUUGGGCUGGCUGUGGAUUCAUUUAUAUACUUUGCAAAUAUCAGACCAGAUUACAAGUGGGGCUACUGUUCUAACACAGUGGUUUAUGCGUGUACCAGGCCAGACCGUCCAGAGUACUGCGUUGUCUUCUGGGACACCAAAAACAAUGAGAAAUAUGUGAAAUAUGUGAAGAGCUUAAUGUCCGUUACCACAUGUGGGGAUUUCUGCAUCUUAGCAACCAAAGCAGAUGAAAGUCAACAGCAGGAUGACCGAGAGACCGAAGUAAAUGGGGCAACGUACGUGUUGGUGUUGUGCAAUUCUAUUGGGACUCCCCUUGAUUCAAAAUACAUUGACCUAGUCCCGCUGUUUGUCACCAUGACAAAAACACAUGUUAUUGCGGCAUCUAAAGAAGCUUUCUACAUCUGGCAGUACCGAGUAGCUAAGAAGCUCACAGCAAUGGAGAUCAAUCAGGUGUCACGCACCCGGAAAGAAGGCAGAGAAAGGAUUUUUCAUAUCGACGAUAAUCCUUCAGGAUCCAUGGAGGGAUUAAUCGAUUACACCAAAUCAGUGGAGUCAACGAGAGAUCCUAUCUGUUGUAUAACUGCAUCUGAUAAAGUCCUCAUUGUGGGACGCGAAUCAGGAACACUGAAGAAAUACACUUUACCCAGUGUGAGUCUGGUUCAACAGUAUAUGCUAGGCAACCGUGCAUAUCAGAUGAGCCUAAACUGCAAUGCCAGCCGCCUUGCUAUCAUAGAUAUUUCUGGAGUCCUGACUUUCUUUGAUUUGGAAGCGCGAUACACAGAUAAUACAGGGCAACAAAUGAUUGGAGAGCAGCUUAAGCUCGAACGCAAAGAUGUCUGGGACAUGAAGUGGGCCAGUGACAACCCCGACUUGUUUGCAAUGAUGGAAAAAACAAGGAUGUAUGUCUUCCGAAACCUGGAUCCUGAGGAGCCGAUUCAAACAUCAGGGUACAUCUGCAAUUUUGAAGAUUUAGAAAUAAAGUCUGUUCUUUUGGAUGAGUUGUUAAAGGAUCCUGAGCACCCAAACAAAGAUUACAUCAUUAACUUUGAAAUCCGUUCCCUGAGAGACAGUCGGGCACUGAUUGAGAAAGUAGGAAUUGAAGAUGCUUCACAGUUUAUAGAAGAUAACCCACACCCUAGACUGUGGCGCCUAUUAGCCGAAGCUGCCCUUGAGAAGCUGGACCUUCCAACUGCCGAGCAGGCGUUUGUGCGCUGCAAGGAUUACCAAGGCAUCGAGUUUGUAAAACGCCUAGGAAACCUACAGAGUGAGUCCAUGAAGCAAGCUGAAAUCGCUGCCUACUUUGGCAGGUUUGUGGAAGCAGAGAAAAUGUACUUAGACAUGGACCGAAGAGACCUUGCUAUUGGACUGCGCAUAAAGCUGGGUGACUGGUUCCGAGUAUUGCAGCUGCUCAAACAUGGCUCUGGUGAUUCGGACGAUUCUCUGCUGGAACAAGCAUAUAAUGCUAUCGGUGACUACUUUGCAGAUAGACAGAAAUGGGUGAAUGCUGUGCAGUACUACGUUCAAGGCAGAAACCAGGAGCGACUCGCUGAGUGCUACUACAUGCUGGAAGAUUAUAAUGGGCUUGAGGUUCUUGCCAACUCACUUCCUGAAAACCACAAAUUACUUCCUGAGAUCGCCCGCAUGUUUGUGACGGUGGGAAUGUGUGAGCAGACAGUGGCCGCCUUUCUGAAGUGUAACCUGCCUAAAGCUGCAGUAGAUGCGUGUGUGCACUUAAACCAGUGGAAUAAGGCUGUGGAGCUGGCUAAGAACCAUAACAUGAAAGAAAUUGGAUCUCUGCUAGCCAAGUACGCUUCUCAUUUGUUAGAGAAGAACAAAACACUUGAUGCCAUUGAACUGUACCGCAAAGCCAACCAUUUCCUUGAAGCCGCCAAGCUCAUGUUCAAGAUUUCUGAAGACGAGGCAAAGAAAAGGAGCAAACCUCUUCGUGUUAAGAAACUUUAUGUCCUGGCAGCAUUACUUGUGGAACAAUACCAUGAGCAUAUGAAGACUACACAGAAGGGAAAGCUGAAAGGAAAGAGAACAGAAGCGACCUCGGCCUUAGCCAGUUUACUGGAAGAAGACAGUAUGUUAUCUGACAAUCGAAUUAUUGACCAUGCCUGGAGAGGGGCUGAAGCCUAUCACUUUUUUCUGCUUGCCCAGAGACAGCUCUAUGAGGGUCACUUGGAUGCAGCUAUGAGAACGGCUCUUCACCUGAGAGAUUAUGAAGACAUCAUUCCUGCUGUGGAAAUCUAUUCGCUCUUGGCCCUUUGUGCUUGUGCUAAUAGAGCAUUCGGCACUUGCUCUAAAGCCUUCAUCAAACUGGAAUCUCUGGAGAAUUUAACUGCUGAACAGAGGCAACAGUAUGAAGAUCUUGCCUUGGAAAUCUUCACGAAGCACAGCCCAAAGGACACCCGAAAGCCUGAUCUGGAAAGCUUCCCUGAAGGAGGGGAAGGCAAACUCCCAACAUGCAUUGCUUCGGGAAGAGUGAUCACAGAAUACCAGUUCUGGAUGUGCAACGUGUGCAAGCACUGUGUGCAAGACCGAGAGAUCGGCAAUUACAGCUUCUGUCCUCUCUGCCACAGCUCAAUAGCUUGAGGCCGGAACUUGUAGCGGAAAUCAAAAAUAUUAGAUUCAAAUAUUUUUUAUUAAUAGCUUUUCAAGUGAUUUCCAGCACAAAUUGGGGCUCGAGUUUAUUGUAGGGAUGCACCGAAUCCAGGAUUUGGUUCGGGAUUCGACCAAAUCCUUCUGCAUGGCCCAACCGAAUCGGAACCCUAAUUUGCAUAUGCCAAUUAGGGGUGGGAGGGAAAUCGUGUUCGGUAUUUGGCCAAAGCUUUCACGAAGGAUUCAGGGUUUUGGUCAAAUCCAAAAUAGUGGAUUUGUUGCAUCCCUAGUUUAUUGGUUCUCCUAUAACUGGGAAUGCCAUCAUCACACUUAAAAUUGGCUCCUUUUAUUAUUUUUUAUACAAUAUGUGCUCAUCGCCAAUAUGAUGGCAUCAUAUUU